AAAUUUUAUAAAUAUUGGGCAAAUCCCCCGAUUCGAACCCUAAGUACUCGCUGUCACUCUCCUCUUUCUCCAUUCCUAUCUCAAAUUGAGCCGAAUUCAUCUAUCUAGGGUUUUGGAAUUGGAUUUCGUUUUGGAAUUUGAGGAACCAGAAGAAAGAGCGCAAAUGGAGGGAAUGUUGUCUGCGACUGAUAAGCAGAGCAUGGUUUCCUCCUUUCUCGAGAUCGCCGUUGGUCAAACUGCCGAAACUGCCAUGCAGUUUUUGCAAGCAACAAGCUGGAAGCUUGAUGAAGCUCUUCAGCUAUUUUAUGUCGGUAAUGAAGGUGGUGUAGUUGCACCGGCUUCUGAGUCUCCAGCUGUGGAAAACGUAGAUUCUUGGGUUGAUCAAAAUUCUGGUGAGUUGAAAGAAUCUGGAACCAGCAAUGUUGGAUCCAUUGCCGGAGAGGAAGUACGCCCUCCUUUACCUGUAGUAAGGGAGACACUUUAUGAUGAUGCAUCACUAUAUGGAGCAUCAAGUUUGGGAUUACCUCCACAACAGUCAGGUUCGUUAGUUGCAUUCCGUAAUUUUGAUGAGGAAAUGAAACGCCCUGGGGUUUGGGAAUCGGAUGAAGGCUCUUCUUCCAUAGUGGAUGCUCCUCGAGAUAACCUUGCCUCUUUGUAUCGUUCUCCUUUUCAUCUGAUGUUUCAGGGACCAUUUGAAAAGGCAAAAGCUGCUGCAUCUGUUGAAGACAAGUGGCUCCUUGUGAAUUUACAAUCUACCAAGGAGUUCAGCUCACAUAUGCUUAAUCGAGAUACGUGGGGAAAUGAAGCAGUUUCUCAAACUGUUAGCACUAACUUUAUUUUCUGGCAGGUAUAUGAUGAUACAAGCGAGGGGAGAAAAGUUUGCACCUAUUACAAACUAGAUUCGAUUCCUGUAGUGCUUGUUAUUGACCCAAUCACAGGACAGAAAAUGCGCUCCUGGUGUGGAAUGGUUCAACCUGAGAGUUUGUUGGAGGACCUGGUUCAAUUCAUGGAUGGUGGCCCAAGGGAUUAUCAUGCAACACUGUCUCAUAAACGUCCAAGAGGAAGCUCAGUUACACCGCAGCAAAAGGUUAAAGUGUCAACAGAUGAAACAGAUGAAGAUAAGGAAAUGUUAAGAGCGAUAGCAGCUUCUAUGGAGAAUGCAGAAGAGACUAUUAAAGCAACAUCAGAUGAUAAAUCAUCACCCACUACUGGCAAGGAGGAACCGUGUUCAAUUAAGAAGCUUGCGUAUCCACCUCUUCCUGAAGAACCUAAGGGUGAUAGGAACCACUUAUGUAGGGUUGGAGUCCGUCUUCCUGAUGGACGUAGGGUACAGAGAAAUUUUCUCCGAACUGAUCCAAUACAGCUACUAUGGUCAUUCUGCUACUCUCAACUUGGUGAGGCUGAAUCAAAGCCAUUCCGGUUGACCCAACCGAUUCCAGGAGCUUCAAAAUCUCUGGAUUGUGAUAGCAAAUUAACGUUUGGGGAGUCGGGACUUGCCAAUUCAAUGAUAUUAGUUGCAUGGGAAUGAAUGUUGUCAAAAGAUGGCAAUGGUCUUCAUGUUUCUUCAACCACCUAGAGUUGGAGUUUUGGUUUGCAAACUCAAUAUAUCCCUGUUUUUCAGUUUAUGCUGCUCUUCAAGGAGUUUAUUUAAGAGGAUAGGGGAUGAAAGAACCAUAAACUCU